GGAUGAUAACUACCUCUAAAGGAGGAGAAGAAGAAGAAGAACUGACAGUCAACCAACAUGGCGUUCAGUUUUGGCGGCGCUACGACGAACACAGCGGCAACUCUUACAGCCCCUGGUUUUGGGGCUGCCACCACCACUGCUGCUGCACCAGCUACAGGAUUUAGCUUUGGCUCCACCAACACUGGAUUUGGGGGGCUGGGAGCUGGAAACACCACGGCUGGUGGGUUUAGUUUUGGGGGGUUUGGUUUAAAUGCCAACCCAGCAGCAGUCAGCUUUAAUGUGGGGUGCUUUGGUACAGCAACCACCACUGGCACUGUUUUCAAUUUUGGUAAUAGCCUGGCUAGCACAGGCACGUUUGGUGGCUUUGGGACGACUACAACAACUGCUGCUGCACCAGGUUCCACUUUUAGUUUUGCUGCUCCCACCAACACCGCAGGGGGGCUCUUUGGUAACACACAGAACAAAGGGUUUGGUUUCUCCUCUGGGCUUGGCACUGGGGCCGCUGCUGGGACAUCAGGAUUUGGAACUGGAUUAGGAACAACUAGCCUGGGUGGGUUUGGAGGCUUUAAUAUCCAACCAACUCAGCAGCAGCAAGGAGGCUUGUUCAGCCAGCAGGCCCAGCAACAGGGUCAGGCUCAGCCCACCCAGCUUUACCAGCAGGUCACUGCUCUGUCAGCCCCCACCUUGUUAGGAGACGAGCGAGACUCCAUCCUAGCUAAAUGGAACCAGCUGCAGGCUUACUGGGGCACCGGGAAGGGCUACCACAGCAACAACAACCCACCUGUGGACUUCACUCAGGAGAACCCAUUCUGCAGGUUCAAGGCGGUGGGAUAUAGCUGCGUCCCAGUUAGUAAAGAUGAAGAUGGUUUAGUGGUCUUGGUUCUCAAUAAAAAGGAAGCCGAUGUGCGAGCUCAGCAGCAGCAGCUGGUGGAGUCCAUCCACAAGAUCAUGGGGAGCAACCAGACACUCACUGUCAAUGUAGACGGUGUCAAAGCCCUGCCAAACGACCAGACAGAGGUGAUCAUCUACGUGGUGGAGCGUUCUCCUAAUGGAACCUCCAAGAGGAUCCCCGCCACCACUCUCUUCAGCUAUCUGGAGCAGGCCAACAUCAAGGUCCAGCUCACACAGCUUGGGGUGGCCAUGUCCGUCACACGCACAGAGCUCUCGCCAGCACAGCUCAAGCAGCUGCUGCAAAAUGCCCCUGCAGGAGUGGACCCUAUCAUUUGGGAGCAGGCCAAGGUGGACAACCCUGAUCCAGAGAAAUUAAUCCCUGUGCCCAUGGUGGGUUUUAAGGAGCUGCUUCGCAGGCUGCAGAUCCAGGAGCAGAUGACCAAACAGCACCAGACCAGAGUGGAUAUUGUCUCAAAUGACAUCAGUGAGCUUCAGAAGAACCAGGCGACCACAGUGGCCAAGAUUGCCCAGUACAAGAGGAAACUGAUGGAUCUCUCUCACAGGGUGCUGCAGGUGUUGAUCCAACAGGAGAUUCAGAGGAAAAGUGGUUACGCAAUCCAAGUGGAUGAGGAGCAUCUCAGAGUGCAGCUGGACACUAUUCAGUCUGAACUCAAUGCCCCCACACAGUUCAAGGGUCGGUUGAACGAAUUGAUGUCCCAAAUCCGGAUGCAGAACCACUUCGGAGCCGUGAGAUCAGAAGAGCGCUACAGUGUUGACGCAGACCUUCUCAGAGAAAUCAAACAACACUUGAAACAGCAGCAGGAUGGUUUAAGUCAUUUAAUCAGUGUCAUCAAGGAUGAUUUGGAAGACAUCAAACUCAUAGAGCACGGACUGAGCGACAGCGGACACAUGAGAGGAGGCAUCCUGAGCUGAGUCUACCUUACAAACACACAUACAUAUGCUCAGACUCUCUUAUUCUCAAUAUAAAUCCUCUGAAAAGCGACACCCCCGAAGAGUCAACAUGUCCUUUUUGUCUUGAUAUUGGAUUAAUCUUGAAGUAAUCUGUUGCCUUUAGGUUUAAUCACAGGAGCAUCUGAACAUGUUGGAAAAAAUAAACUCUCUUUAUCACCAUUUCGGCAGGUUUAUCAGGACUUUACCUCAGUAUCUGUACCAGCAAAACAAUGACUGGUUAAUCUGUGCUUUCUGGACUGAUACAGAAAGCUUAAUGCAAAGACUCGACAUGUCUAAUAAUAGCUCGCUUCCCUUAUGUCAAAUCAGAUUAUGGAUAUGAGAUUGACAUGUAAACAAGUUGUGGGAUUGAAAGUGUGUUGUGAUUGAAUACAUUGUAAAUAUAUCUUUGUAUUUCUUUUUUAUGCUGUUGUUAGACUAUUAUUAAAAUUUCAUUUACAUUUAAAACAA